UUCAAAUACCCCUUAGCGACUGUUAGCAAGGCCCUCGACAUCCUCGGCGAUCGGUUGUUGAUCGCUUAUGACGUCGGCUGCAAUCUCGGCACCACUAUCUCCCACAGCUCCCUGGCUCCUCGAUUCCGAAAAUCCCUAUCCCGCAUGUGUGUCGACGCAUUCCACGGCUACACGCACAACUACGGCUGUCAAGAUAAGAAUCACCCUAGUAUUCUUCAAGGCGCGGGUCUCGAGACCUUUGGUGUCCUGGAGCGCAUAUUCAGCCAGUCGAACAACCUUGCUCCGGUCGUACGUUACGCGUCGGCGUUUAAUCGGCGCUUGUACAUCAACAUGUUCUUUAUUCAAUGGGAUGAAGAUCGGUACCUGAAUCUCGGGUCCAGCCUUCAUCGAAGCUAUCUCCACACUAUUAAGGCCCUAGAUUCCGACAGCAUGGCUCUAAACCAGGCCAAGGUUUCCCUUAGCAUCUCUGACGACGACAUCAAGACCUGGACUCAAGAACAAAGCCAGUACCUCAAAACUAUCGGCCAGGAGACCGAGUACGACAUUCAUUCCGUCACGUAUGUAGGUCUACUCCAGGAUCUUCGGAUAGCCUGGGAGCAGUCCGGGCGGUGCAAGGACGCGUAUAUGGACUCGAUUCCAGAGGACUACACCCUGCCCUCUUCCACCCCCGCAAAAGCGGCCGCGUCUCUGAGCAACCGCAACGUAGCAACAUCACAAACGCUCACCCUCGAAUCGGCUAUGCGCCGCGCCUCGGAGCAUUAUGACAGCUUACUCACCGACGUCUUGGCGAUGGAGGAGAAGAUGGGGAUCACCAAACGAUGGCAGCCCGCCGAUGCCGCGUUCAUCCACGCCGCAGAAUAUGUCAGCAAACGCAAGUAUCACCGAGCCCUCAACAACCUUCAACGGUUGGUUGUACUGCGGUUACUCGAACUG